AUGAGUGCUCCUCGAGAGAUUACCAUCGAAUCCCUCAACGGCCAUUGGGUCCUGAACAAAGACUUAACCAGCGAGGCAGACCCUAUCCUAAAACUGCAAAAAAUACCCUGGUUGUUCCGCAAAGCAUUCAACCUCGCAACAAUAUCCAUCCACAUCACCCAGUACCAAACACAAACCUCAGAAACAAGCCAACCAUCAACAAACAUCAACUUCAACCAAACACCCACCGCCGGCCUGGCCGCAACCAAAGAAGAGCGCGUCUUGGAUUGGAAGAUAUCAGACCACGAAGACUACUUCUUCGGCAAGAUCCAAGGACAGAGUGAAUUCGUACACGGUGUCAUUGAUGCGGAUGGAAUUGUAAGGCCUGGGUUUGAGCUUCAGACGGAUAAUGCCAAUGCCGAGAUAAAGAAAUACUUGCGAGGGGAGAUUGAGGCGGAUGGGAACAAAUCGGAGGGUUUUAUAGUUGAGGAUUGGAGUGGGAUGUCGGAGGGUGCUGGGCUUUGGGUUCAUACUUUUGAGAGAAAUGUUAAGGCUGGAUGGACAGCUGAGCAGAUUUGGGGGUUUGAGAUGUUCGGGGGCUCG